CCUCCCACAACCUCCUUCCACACCAUGUCCGUGAUGAAGCUCAGGCGAACGCCGCACCAUAUGGCAUCCAGCCUGCACCUCAUCGAUGGUAUAAUGAAGGAUUUGGAAGAGCAAACCAGUCGACUUGACCUCUUCUCCGACAAUCUCGUCCUAUUCAUCUUGCUUUGAAUACGUUCGCACGAUCGACGACAUCAUUAUGAACGGCGUAGGUAUGGAGGAUAUUACCAUCAGCGACUUCCUCUGCCCAACGCCACCCAACUUGGACGAGGCCAUGAACAGACAGAUCCUCGAGCGCUCGCAUACCGAAUUACACCCCUGCGUACAUGUCGUUUAGGCAAGGACAUCAAGCAGAAUCCAACUUGCAGGUUGAUGGGUGUCCAGAAACCGCGUGUCAACGGCGCCUCGGUUUUUCCCAUUCUCCAUGAAUGCAGGAUGCAGCAAGGCUAGGUGAUCGGUCAACAGGGCUCCGAUAUGAGGAAGGCUGCUUGUCAAGCGCUGUACAAGUGAGCAGCCAGAACGGAGCCUUCAUCUGCAGGAGACUCCCACAGAAUCUCGACUAGCAGCAAUCUGAUGCGAUCACAGACUCGACCACAAAAGGCAGGUCGGACAAAUUUCUUGACCUCAGUCUACCGCCGCUUGAAUUGCUGAGAACAGGGGAGUGUGAUAGUCACCCCAGAUCGCCGUCAUUGUGAUUGGACUCCCCCGCGUCAAUGGUGAGCAGUGUGGAGCAUCCACCCUGUGACAAGUCUACUACGACCAGACACCGUUCUAGCUCGAUAUCUUCGCUCUCACAUCAGCCAAGGCAUACCACUGCAAGCUCGAUCAUUGCAUCAUCGCAGUCAUUGGGCGUGCCCAGCCUAGGACCAUCAGCAAGAUACAAAAUAAAUUGUAUCGCGAAUCAAUCCCACAAUCGAAUGCGCACGUUCUAAAAACCCUCUUUACCUGUGCCGUGAUCCCUAGCUUCACCAUGGCCUUCGACCUCCGCUUAUUCAAGGGCAUCUUCUUCGACAUCUACGGCACGUUGAUCGAUUGGGAAUCCGGCAUCUACCCACAGCUUCUGAGUCUCACCCAGAAAUUACCCGCUGAAGAUCCGCGUCGUGAAGACACACCAGAAACCCGCAAGAUUUUGCUGCGUAUGUACACAGCCAACGAGAAAGUCGUCGAACAUGAGAACCCGACACUUGCAUAUCCGAAGAUCUUGGAAGCCGUGUAUAAUCGCAUCGCAGCCGAGCUUAGCGUUCAACCUGCCGGCGAGAACCGCAUAGCCUUUGGCCAGAGUAUUGGCGAGUGGCCAGCUUUUCCGACGCUGUGGAAGCCAUGAAAGUCCUGGCCAAGCAUUAUAAGCUGUUUGUCUUGAGUAACGUGGACAACGAGUCGUUUGGGCGUACGCUGGCAGGACCGCUGAAAGGCGUACAUUGGGAUGGCAUUUACACAGCUGAGCUGAUUGGUUCAUACAAGCCGAAUCCGAGAAAUUACAAUUACGUUGUCGAGCGGUUGAAGGAAGAUUUCGACAUGUCCAAGGGCGAGACGUUGAUGGUCGCACAGGGUCUGGAUAUUGAUCAUGUUAGUGCGAAGGCGCUAGGGUUCAGACCCGCGGUGUGGAUCGCGAGGUAUGCUGGUGAUGCGGGCAUGGGAGGGAACAAGGAGAGAUUGCAGGCAGAGGGGUUGAUUGAGAUCGGAGCGGAGUAUGCGUCCUUGGGGGAGAUGGCGGAAGCGGUCAAGAAGGCAUUUGCGUGAGGUGGCCGUCAAUCAGUGCUCAUGGACUAUAAUAACUUACCUGGUAGGUUGUGGGCAGGUAAGGGAGUCCGAGGAGGAGCCGAAGGGCUUAAUCAAGCACGUGAUCUAUUCUGUAUAUGGCGGCGCAUUAACUCCUAAACGUUGUUCUGCCUCGGAUGC